UCGCAUAACAUCUCAUUUUCAAGUCUCUCCCCACCAUAUACUUGAGAAAUUUAAAGUUAAAAAGGAUAUGUGCCUGACUAUGACAUGACAAAGCGUUUUAAACCACGUAUACUCCAAUAACAAAACACAUUUUCCCCUCAUUUCUGUUUCAUGAUAAUAAAUUCCGUUACAUUCAUAACUUUAACGGCUGAAACACCACAAAUUCCUGUAUCAAUUCCUCCAAUUCACACAACAAAAUAUGAAACCUUUCUUUAAUCCCCUCAAACUCACAUGCCUACACAAUCCAAUUUCCUCAAUUUCUCCGCUAAAUUGAUCACAAACCAACAAUAUUAAUCACAACCCACAAUCAAUUCACCCCAACCUACACAAUCAUGGCCACCAAGAAGCUCUGCGACAGCUUCUCCAAGACCCUAAUCGAUGAGGUCCACAAAUGGGGCUCCAUGAAACAAAUGGGUGUCAGUUUACGCUGCAUGUUGGAUUUUGGGUCCGUACAAUCGGAACGUAAUAUGAUCUUAGCGGCUCAAUUUCUUCACAGAGAACUCCCUGUUCGGAUCGCUAGACGUGCAAUUGAACUCGAAUCGCUUCCGUAUGGGUUGUCUGAAAAGCCUGCUGUUGUUAAAGUGAGGGAUUGGUAUCUGGAUUCUUUUCGUGAUCUGAGAUCGUUUCCGGAGAUCAAGAAUGCAAACGAUGAGAGGGAGUUCACGCGGAUGAUUAAGAUGAUUAAGGUGAGGCAUAACAAUGUUGUCCCUGCGAUGGCUCUAGGAGUUCAACAGUUGAAGAAAAGUCUUGAUCCGAAGCUGGAUUACGAGGAUCUUGAUGAAAUUCAUCAGUUUUUAGAUCGGUUUUAUAUGUCGAGGAUCGGAAUUCGAAUGCUAAUCGGUCAACACGUGGCGGUUCAUGAUCCCAACCAGCCACCGAACUGUAUUGGUUACAUACACGCAAAAAUGUCUCCAAUUCAGGUAGCUAAAGAUGCGAGUGAAGAUGCGCGCUCUGUUUGUUUACGAGAGUAUGGCAGUGCACCAAACGUUAAUAUCUAUGGUGAUCCUAGUUUCACAUUCCCGUAUGUCCCGGCGCACUUGCAUAUGAUGGUGUUUGAGUUGGUUAAAAAUUCGUUGCGUGCAGUCCAAGAGCGGUAUAUGGAGUCAGACAAACCAGCACCGCCUAUAUGCAUAAUGGUGGCUGAUGGGGAAGAAGAUGUUACAAUCAAGGUCUCAGAUGAAGGUGGUGGAAUAGCAAGAAGUGGUCUUCCUCGGAUUUUUACAUAUCUUUACAGUACCGCUAAUGAUCCAGUUUACGAGAGGUUAGAUGUUGGAUCAGCAGAUGUGGUAACAAUGGCGGGUUAUGGAUACGGGCUGCCCAUCUGCCGCUUGUAUGCUCGGUAUUUUGGAGGGGAUCUACAAAUCAUCUCCAUGGAAGGCUAUGGAACAGAUGCAUAUCUUCAUUUGUCGCGUUUGGGAGAUUCACAAGAACCGUUGCCUUGAUAAUGUGUUAUUCGUGUUGAUCCAGGAACAUGUUCGUAUAACAGUCGCGUGUAUUUUGAUGUAAAUAUUUAGGGUUUGGAUGUUAUAGGAGUAAGAAAAACAUCAGUUCAAAAAUGCAUCAUGGGUUCAUCGUGUUGAGAAUCA